AUGUCGUGGAAGGCAGGGCUAUCGAGACAUCUUCCGGCGUUGCGAUUCUUCGCUUGUCCCAAGAGUCCAUCCUCCAAAGGAGUGAUGACUUGGUAUGUGGAGAACUACGAAGAGCUCAAGCUGUUGAAUCCAGAGAUGCCUCUCUUGAUGCGCACCACGGACAACGCCAUGCCGGCUGUCACGACACAGUUGGAUUGGACCACGCAACAUUUGUUGGGAUUCAUGGUCCAAGAAAAUAAAUUCCGUGAUGCCAAUGGCACCAUUAGUCAAGCUCGUGUCGAGGCGGCCCAGGAUUACAUGAAAUUCCCCUGGGAGAAAUUGCUAGUGGAACGAUUCUCCAUUCCAGGAUUUGACCCGGAAAAGCCAUUUUUGGACGAAGAGAAACCUGGGUGGAGAGAUGAUCCAGAGGUUCAGUCCAAACUGGCAACCUAUUUUAGCUUGAAGGACUCCAGUGAGGAACUAGAGGCUACCUUCACCAGUGGACCCGAUAAGGAAUUUGAACGGGCAAAGAAUGCUUUGCUCAUGUGUCAGAGAGUUGACUUGUGGUGCGCUGGACCCAAGGAAGUCGAAGCCGCCGUGGUGCAUUUGUACAAGUUGGGCAAGGCACUCCAAGAACGUGAGGUCGAUUUCCCCGUCUUCAUCACCGAAUUCAUCCCAGGAGCUGACGAUCUUCAAUAUUAA